AUGUUACAAAAUGGCGGCGAAUUUUGGAGUUCGUCGAGGCAUGUUUGCUUAGCCAGUGUUUACAUUGUGAAGGGAUGACAGAAAAUCAUGCAAUCAGGAAGAGUAGACAUAUAUAAUCGACAACGCAAUAAUUGCUAACAUUUCCAUAUUAUAAUUCUCAUAAAUGUCCAUGAAAACGGCAAAGAAUGUUUAAAGGAAGGAAGGUGGCUAACCCAGUGGUACAGGGAGCUAGCAACUAUCCCAAAGAUACAGACAUUGCCAGAGCAUGGAACAAUGUAGGCAAGGCAAGAUCGGAGUUGAGGAAGAUAGAGCAUCGGCUAGGAGAUGUACACAGUUCUCCGGUGUAUUUAAAUGAGACAGGAAAUCCAAGCGUUAGAAACUAUAGUGCUCUCAUGGAAAAUUCAAACAUCAACGAGUUUCCUUCAGGGGCUGUUGUGGAUAAAUAUGGAAGAAGCAAUGUUAUGAGAAACAGAGAAACAAGAAAAAUCAGCAAAAAAGAUGACGAGAAUGAAGAAUUUACUUCAGCUUCUAAAAUGGAAGGAAAACGUGUAGAUUUUAGAGACAAACAAGAACUAAGAGAAAUUAACCCUGAUGGCACAUAUACUGACUUGCCACCAGGGCAAUAUAAUAAUUUGACAUUUCUCCGUCCUAAUUCACCGCCUAAUUCUGUACAGACAACACUCACUGACUCACGUGCUAUCAGGGAAACCGAAAUUAGAUUUCUAAACGAGCCUACCUCACAUACUCCACACGAUCAAAGACGUGUUGGGACAGAGAAUAGAUUAACUCAUGUCGAUGUUAUGGUGCCUGGUGCCUCCAAGUCUUCCGCCAAACAUACUACGCAUUAUCAGGGGACCCUCUCCACUCCUCAGGAAAACAAUAACGAAAUAAAAACUGCUGAAACUGACAGACUAUGGGAAACAGCUUCUACAGACUCCGCCCAGUCAGAUGACGGUUCAAUGAAACGAAAGUUUAAGAAGAGCAUUAAAGAUAUUGGAGAAGGUGGCUUGGCGAAAAUCAAAGAAAAGAUAAAGAGACAACAAGAGAAAGCUUCUCCGAGAGAAAACAAAGAAUAUGCUGAAGAUUAUGCAAUGGGAGGUACAGAUAUGAACUCUGAUCGACUGCUUCACAAUGACAAUGACCCGGUUCAGACCAGGUCAAACGAUUAUCAUACAGAAGGUCAAGACAAACACCCAAAAAGAAAAAUAGCAGCAGGCCACCCUCCACCUUCAUACAAAGGUUUUAGUGAAACAGAAGUGAAAUAUAAACACACGGAAGUAAAGCCAUUGAAAGAUGGAAAGAAAAAGGACAAGAAAAAGAAAAUUCUCAAGGCACAGAAAACACCGGAGCCACUGAAAGAAGAAGACCAGGAAAGAAAACUGACCCGUGUUAUAGCUAAAGCUAAUAAAAAAGAUACCAAUAAGCAGAAGAAAAAUGAAAUUAUAACGACAUCUUCAUGGAGAGCUGGACAAGAAUUGGUAAUGAGGGAGUUAGGGCCAUUAAAAACACGUAGAACAUCACAGACUUCUCAACCAGGUGACAUUGACCGAGGAUCACAUAUGCCUGAUGGGGCGUACGGAGGAGCUGAGGAACCCGAACCCCAAGAGAGGAAAACAGCAACAGACAUGGAGUUAGAAAGAGCCAGAGUUUUAUCGGCUGAAGCAAGACGUGUUCUCAGUGAUCUUAAUAUGGAUGAUGAAGAGAGAAGAAGGGAAGAGUCAUCAAAGAGAGCAAAGUCUGCAACAAAACGGAAAGCACCAAAACCUUCAGCUGCAGAAAUAGACAAACAUUCCCAGAUCAAACAACGACAUUAUGAUGCAGAAGAGAUUCGCCAUUACAUACAGAAAAAAAAAGCUGAACGAAUACAGAAACAAAUAGAAGAAGAAAAACGCCAAAAGAAAGCAGACGAACUUCGACGGAAACAAUUAGAGGAAUUGUAUACAAAACAAAAACAGACAGCAUCACAUCCUAAAAAAUUCAGGGACAUAAAACAUAAAUCCAACAAUGAGACAUUUUCACAUCCUAUGGCGCUAUCUGACUUGCCAAGACAUCAUCCUUUCCAACAUGAGAGGAGUCGGCAAAUGAUGACAAGUGAUUCUGAGAAUUUAGCAGCGGACGAUGAGAUGGAGAUGAGCGAUGGUAGUUCUACUCUUACGGGUGAUUCUAUGGAUGAAGGAACUCCCUUAGAUACUCCUAAAGGACAAACGGACGACAAGUCGAAACCUAGUCAAACAAGCCAAUGGAAAGCCAGUUUACAAAAAGAACAUGAAUUUCUCAUGGAAAAUAACAAUUCUAAAACUGUUGGUGGAUUUACGUUUAAUUUAGACAGUGUUUUUAAUAAAUUUUCUCAGGCUGUAACUAAUCAACAAAGUGAAAGUGAAAAUAGACCAUUAUCAGGGAAUUCUGGGUACAUUGGAGGAUCGGCUGUUUUAAACCCUCCCCGUCCUUCAGCAGAAGGCAGUGAUAGGACAAGAGAACAAAGGUUACAAGCUAUUAAGGAAACAGCAAAACAUUUACAAGAAAAAAUUCAAAAUGAGGCUAGAAAGCUGAAAGGGGAGGUGAUUGAAGAUGAUGGCAGCACAAAUCAAAGAUGGGCAUUCAACCGACAUGGUAACGAGGAGGACUUUGUAUCAAGAUAUGACAGAAUGACAGACGCUGCCAAUGAUUACUCAGUUUUUACCUCAAAUCUCCCAGGUAAUCAAAGAAAUUCCACAUUUAAUGACACUGAUGACAACCCUGUUGAAGCAGCAGCCAUUAGAAUCCAAGCUGCAUACCGUGGACAUACAGUACGACAAAAUCUUAACAGUUGGAAACUUCCAUCAGGACAAACUGUUGGGGGUCACAUCAGACGUGCUGGACAAGACGAGGAUGAAUCGUCAAUAACAGAGACGUCAACAUUCAGUGAGAUCACUUUAACAGAAGAUUCUGAAAAUUCACUUUUGUCUAAUCAGAGAUUGGUUGGCUCAGGGUUACGAGAAAGAGAUUUUCAUGCUGGUGGACAUCGGCACCAAGGUCCUACAGAAAUGGUCAUACCACGUCCUUCAACACAACACAGAGGAGGAAAAUAUUCAUGGGAGGAACCUAGGCCAGAUCCAGAUAAUGUCUUCAACGUAUUUGCUAGGCAUCAACGAAAUCAAGACAAACAACGACAAGGAUAUUCAACAGAACCAAAGAAAAUGGAAGAGGAGUAUAGAAAGGAACAGGUUACCUCACAACAUACAGCUCCAAAGAUUAGGUCCACACAAAAUAGCCUGCCUAGAAACAGAAGUCCAGGAGUUGGUGCUAGAACUCAUAGUCCUGGCUUUGGUUUGAGGAGUGAAAGUCUUAAAGUAUCAGUACAUCAUAGUGUUAAAUCAAGAAAUGAAGACACCAGACCAAAGACUUCAGUGAGCUUUAAACCACUACCAUCUGAUAGUGAACACGAUGAUACAUUCCAAGAAGUUUCCUAUUCUCGUCAGUUUGAGUUGAGUAAAGAUGACAGAAGUAAGCCUGAAAAAGCUUCAGUUUUAUCUCAUUCCAAACCUAGUCAAAGACAUUCUGCUGAUACAGAUACAGAUACCUCAAGUAUAGAAGACUUCUCUAGAAUAGAGGAACCAGACAGACGUUACCCACAUGUUGUACCAGAUGAUGACAACUCGACACCUAAAGCCUCAUUACGAUACUCACCCGACACAUUAGAGAGCAAGUUCUAUUCUGAACUGAACCAGUUAGAGAGUAUGGAAGAGUCCAUGCGACAGUUGACAGGGGUGGAGAGGACAAGAGCUGUCUCUAUGGCACAACAGGAAACUGUUUCACUUGCUCAGAUGUUGAAGGCUCGACAGCAAACUCAUGAAAGGGACAUGAAACUUUUGGAAAUUAAGGUUCAAAAAGAAAAGCAAGAGGCAGCUAGAAUAGAAAAAAAAAUGGAGGAGGCCAAACAAAGAAGUAAAGAAGCAUCACAGAAUGCUAAAGAUGUCAUGAUGAGGGUACGGGGGGAUGGUAAGGAAGCAGAGCCUAGCGCAAAGUACAACAAUAACAAUAAACUGGACAAUAGUGAUAACAUCAGACCCAAACGUGCUGUUAAACAGAAUCAGUCAAGCAGUGAUUACAGGGGACCAGACUCUGCCAGGUCUUAUAGUGAAAAAACAUCACUGAAAACAGCACCCUCAUAUAGUGAGAAAACAAAAACAUCUUAUACAUCAUCAAGGAGUGUGUCUAGUAAUGUAAAGACAGCCAGCGAUACACAGAAAGGUCGUGACAGUGACUCAUCCAUCAUAUCUGUCAGUGGUGCUGAUGCAAAAGAUGAGUCAAAAUCUGAGAGUAUAUUAGAAGAUAUAUCUCAAGCAUCUGGUGAUGAAUACUCUAUUAAUUUUGAUGACACAAUGACAGAAGAUGAAAUUGAAGAGAAAUCAUUCAAGGCCAUUUUACCGUCAGAAAGUCAUCGUAAACGUGCCAAAAAACAUCACCUUGAUAAUAUGUCUGUCACAUCAGAUGAAGGUUCAGUGCCAAGUACCCCACGAAUUUCGGUAGAUGACCUAGGGUCAUAUGUUCUGGGAGAAGAUUCCUUUAAUAAAUUUACAGAAGAAAUGGUCAAACAGUUUAUGAAGGAAGAGGAAAUGAGAGCUCAACACCAGACCUCUCUUCUCCAACUAAGAGAAAAAGCUCUUGUAGAGAAAACCAAAGCUGAAUUAGAGUGGUUAGAACAACAAAAACAAAGAAUUAGGAACAAAGGGGCUGAUGAUUCCUAUCCACAAAUUAUAAAGCGUCAGAGAGGACUCAAGAUGAAACUGCAAGAGCAACAGGCUGAGAUCAAAAGAAUGAGAGAGGCGAACAAAGCUGCUUCCCGAGAGAGACAAUUAUUGUUACAGCAGCGUGAAGAAAUCAGCCGACUCAGGCAGUCAACUAAACAAACUAAGGAAAAGUUGGGUGGUAGAUUAGGUCGUCCUGCAGAAGUCCACACAGAAGAUGAAUUUUAUGUUAAUGAAGAUGAAAAAGAUACAGAUAACGAAACAUCUCAAAAGAAAGAUUAUAAGUCAGACUCUGAGAUUUACACCGAACCAAAAGCUGCUGGUGGGGAGAAGAGUCUGGAUAAACUGAAGAAACUUCAUCUGGACGAGAGAUACCUGACAAAACGAGAACAACGAUUACGAGAGAGAAAGAAAUCAGCCAAAGAGUUGUUAGAUUGGAAGAAACGAUUGGAUGAGGAAGAACAAGCUGUGUUUGAAUUAGAGAAGAAAGCAUUGAAAGUUUGGGAUCAUGGGGAAAAAGGAAAAAAGAAAGAAAAAGAACCUGAAAAGUCAAAAACUCCAUCAAAGGUCAAAGAAACUCAUCCCCCAUCAGUAACACAGGAUGAUACUAUUAUCUCAGAAGCAAUAAGUUUGGCGAAGGAUGAGUCUAUAACUAAUACUCCACGUGCAGUCAGUGCCAGUGAGAGUUCUCCAGAAGAAAGACAGAGAUUAGGCAGGAGUGAAAGUGAAAGUUCUAUUAUAGAGGAAGUAAAGACAGAAUACAGUAUGUCAGAAUCAACUACUCCUGUCAAAAGUCGCAAGUCAAAGGCACCAGAUUCUGCCACUAUUGAAAGCCAGUAUAGUGAAACUUUUGAAGAUGCCACCAGUGUUCAACAAACAAAAAGUAAAAAGUCCCCACGGUCUCCGCUUGACAAGCUAAACAAGCGUGGUUUUCAGAUGGGGGCUCUAACUGGAAGAAAUAUCUCCUCACCUCGCUCUUUGUUCAGUAAAACCAGGAGCUGUUCAGAAAGUGAAUCAGAGGAAUCUAUAUCACACACAGAUUUAUCCUAUGCUGAAACUAUGUCUGAUCUCAGCGAUUUCGAAGGUCGUGUACGAGCCCUGAAUGACGAACUUCGUCAUCGAAAACAAGUUGCUGAUCGACUCAAAAGAGAGAGAAAAAGAAGGAAGAGGGAAAUACUGAAAAGUAAAGAAGAUGCAUUAAAGAAACAAAUAGAGGCUUACGACAACCAGAUUAGUCAGCUGAAAACUGAGCUACAGAAAGAGAUGGAACAUGAACCUGUAAAUAGUGUGAAACCUCAGAUCAAACAACCUAAAGUCAGUCCUACCAAGAACCUCAAAACACCCCUCAAACAGAACGAUGAAGCUCGUACUUCUAGUAACUCAAGCUAUGAUGAAUCUGCUCAGAGUUCUCCGUCAAUUCUUGAUGAUAAAGAGAGUAAACCAAUUUCACCUGACCAAAGACCAACACCUCCAAAAUCACAAAUUCCUACAAAAAUUUCAUUGGACAAAAUUUCAGAAGGAAGUGAAUCAUCCAAAUCUCUGGCGACAGUAGAGUCAAAGAAGAGAGUUACAAAUGGAGAAGAUGAAUCUAUUAAAGAAGAACUUACUGAACAAAUUCAAGAAGAAAUUUCUGAAGCAGACAGUUUCACAGACAGAUCAAAAACUUCAUCCGCAUUGCUUAAAAUACCUAAAUCUCAAAAAUCUGAGGUGAAAAGCCCAAGAGAGGAUACUGAUAGGAGUCCAAGGGACUACUCUUAUCAGGAUGACUUUACUGAAGAGAUGACAUCUCAUAAACAGAUAACAAGUGCCCGAAGCUUGCCGCCAGAAAAUGUAGACUUGAAACCUCAACCAUCUCCACGAUCAAUUACAGAAAAUGUGAUUUCGGAAGUGAUAAGUGAACAUGUAUACAGCCAUGCUGAUGAUGAUGAAUCAUUUAUUAAACCUUUGGAUAAUGUCCAUAAUGAUAACAAUGAGUAUGACGAGAGUGACAUUGAACCAAAGUCACCUCCUUCUACAACAAAAACUGAUUCACGACCAUCCAGUGGUAAAAGUAUUUCAAGUUUCUUUGAAGAAUCUGAAUCUGACCGAUCGGAAAUAGAAAAGAAGCCAACUCGUAUUACCUCCCCUGAUAAAUCUACCGAUGAAUCUCCUAUACAAACUGCCCGUCCUUCUAUGAUUCCUGGAGGUGUAUUUGAUAUAGAUCAAUUAAUUGGACCAGAUCAAGAAUUCGAUGAGGACGAGGAAACACCAUUGGCUUCUCCUAGAGAUGAGGAGCCUCCAUCUACUACCGAAGAUGAUGAAAGAACAGAAGAUUUCGUUGACUAUACUGUUGGAGAUCGUGUUCAAGUAACAGGUCCUAAUGGCACAAAAAAAUGUGGUACUCUCAUGUUCAAAGGACGGGUAAAAUUUGCCACAGGUAUUUGGGCGGGAGUCGAAUUAGAAUCUCCAGAGGGGAGAAAUGAUGGAACGUAUGAUGAUGGUCAGCGGUAUUUCACAUGCAGACAAAAUCAUGGAGUAAUGGUCCCAGCAAAUGACCUGUCUAAUGCUCCUCUUCCAAAAAUGAGGACAAGCCAGGAAAGUUUAAUUAGGAGUAGUAUGGAAAGUAAUUUAAGUGGAGAUAUGUCUGUUGACCAGGAUGAUUUAAAUCAACUUAUUCAAGAAGUGGAUGAGAAUGUACAAAACUUUGAUGAUGAUCAACAUAAACAGGAACAGGAACUGUUGGCUGACAAAAUUACAGAUAAAAUACUGGUCGACUUGGUAGAGAAAGAACGCAAUUUUAUAUCAAAGAAAAAUUCUCCGCCAGUAGCUCCCAAACCUCAGCGAACUAAAGACAGUGUUCUACAGAAUGGUUCUGAAAACAUUUUAAUGAAUGGUAAUGCAAAUGAGUUAGAAAAGGAAAAGUUUGUAACGAAAAAUUUAAAAAGUGAUAAUUUGACAAACAAACUUGUAGACACGUUAUUAGAUGAUGCUUUGACUAAAAUGAUCACAACUAGAAACAAACAACGAAACAGGGGCGGAGAAGUUACUAAUCUUAUAGAUUUCGAUGAUUUUCCUGAGGAGCAAAAGGAAAUUAAAUCAGAAAUGACACCAUCUGAAGAACUUCUUGUUGUCUUAAAUAAACCUGAACCAACUAAUGUGCCUUCUGAUGUACCUCCUCGACCAGGGUCGCCAUUGCCAGAUCCUAAAGGUUCUCGACAGAAUCACUUGAAAACAUUACAACAAGACAUCACUGAUCUGUUAGGAGGGGAGGAGGAGUAUAUAGACGAUGAUAUUAUUAAGCCUGAUAAACCUCCCCCUCCUUAUCCUGAAAGUGAAGAGCAAAGACUAAUGAAAGCUGAACUUCAAAAAAUGGUGUCGGAAGACCUUUACUAUGCAGUGCCACAUGAGUCGGAGGAAGUCCGUGGCAUUGUGGCGGAUGUUGUCGAGAUUUAUUGGCAGUCGAGACGUUGUGGUGAACCGUUAGACAAUGUUCAAAUUCCAGAUAAUUAUUUUUCAAAAGAGGACAUUAAUGGUGAUUUAGAUAGUAAUAGCAGACGGGUGUUUAAGACAUUACUGUUUGACUUAGCAGGGGAAGUGAUUAGAGACAUUUAUAAAGACGAAGAGGAGGAACCGCCUCCGUGGCAAAAACCUAAACGUAGACAACAAAAACAUUUCCGAGGUGCUUCACCUCCCACAACGAUGGAAAAUUUGACUCCUAUUGUUCAGCAAGCUGUGAUAAACACUCUAGGUUUGAAUGGCUCUCGCAAAGCCGACCGAAAUAAAUGGACGGUGCGUAAACGAAAGGAUCACGUAGACAAUAUUCUUGUUGAAGAAUUACGAGAGGAAGAACCAAGGUGGAUAAACUAUGAUGAGGACGAAUUAGCCGUCAAAAUGCAACUGACUGAUACCAUAUUUGACAUGUUAUUGAACGAUACUGUUCAAACUAUGAACAAAGUGUAUCAGAAAAAGAAAAGUAACAGAGUGUGAUCUAUGUUUAUGUGGUGAAUCAUGAAAACAUAACGUGGUUGUAAGCCCUGAAAGAAAGAUGUUCGUGUUGCAUUCAUAUAGCAAGUAAGGUUGUCAUGUGACACUCAUGUGAUAUUUUGUACGGGAGGUGGUAGUCAUGUGAUAUUGUUACAGACUUUGUAAAUAGAAUGACUAUUUAUUUUUUGUAUAGAAGUUAGGCGAGAUAUCCAGUGAUAUUGUGUGGUGCUAUUUAUGGAGGUCAUUUCUAGAUUUUAUUCAUCAUUUUGAUAAAGAAAAAUACGGAAUUAGAACAACAUUCCUGUUAUUCAUUCACUUGAGUUUCAGAUUUGCAAGCAAAUAUUUGGUUAACUGAUCUAUUGAAGAAAAACAUUGACCUAUGGAAUUUAUAUUUGAAUAAAAAGGACACUACUGAAUUCAGUUUGUGAAAAAAAAAAAACAUGUUCAUAAUCAUGAAGUUCCUUAAAGAAAGAAGCACUUGGUAACAAAAUCAUUUUAGAUAAUUAUAUAUCAUUGUUUGAAGUUGAAUGACAUUUAAAACUUUUUAGAACAAUUAUAUAGGGUUUUGAGAAUGCAACCAUACCUUAAAAAAAAGCACCAAAAACAUUUGCUCAAACAUAUUUGAGUUGCUUCCCUUUGCUCAUAUUCAACACUAUAAAUGAGUACUAUUAAAAUGGCAUAUAUGAAAAAACAUUCCGUCCAGUCAUUAUCAUAUCAUUACUACAUCAAAUUCGAUGCUGAAUAAUCUCAUUGUUAAAAUGGCUGAAAAAUCCGUCCUCAUGAAAUCCCACCUCAUUUUUGUUGUAUACUGCAAAAGUAAACCUUUUACAAUUAGCAUUAUGUUUAUGAGAAUAAUAACUAGAUUUAACAUUAAUGUAUUGAAAAGGCACAAUUUUUUUUUUGUGUAGUUUGAAUUUUAACAAAAUUUCAAACACUGCCAUAGUAAGUAUAGAUCUAAUCAUCUUAAUUGUUUUAAACUUUGAUUUUGCAAGCAUGGAUAAAUUAACUCUUAAUUCGAAAACAAAGAAGAAUGUGUGACCUCUGUCAUUCGAAAACUAGCUCAAACGGCACAAGUAUCCUGCCUUGCCUUCAGACAAAGGUUUGAUGAUAAAGAAUUGAUAGUAGUCUGUAUUUUAGAGAUUGUAAUUUUGUAGAUUAAGACUUUCAUGCAAAACAAUUAUAUGAAAUGGGAGAUUUGGCAAAAAUUAAAACUAAUCAAAUUUGUUCAAGCAGUGAAAUUGGAAAAUAUAAUCUUGUAUGAAUUUCAAGACUUCCUGUAUGUGAAAUUUGUGUGUUACUUUAUUUUUGUUUAAUACACAGAAUUAGCAUUUAAACUUUGAAAUGGAUUAGUUUGUUUUUUGUAGAAGAAAAAAAACAUAUAUCCGGUUCUGUUUAAUUAUAUUUAUUAUGAGACAGAUAAUGCAUUUAUUUUUGUGUUUUUAAACUGAGGCAUUUAAAUUUCGAUUCAUUUAAAUCUAGGAUUUUAAAAGGUGCACCUGCUGCUUGUUUUGUAUUUUAUAAGACUUCAUUAAUGGUUUGUGUUAGUUUGUUUAUUUCAAAGGGAAUCCAGGAUUUUUAAAAGCAGGCCAAACAUUCCAGGAAAACUUGUUCUCCAAUCUUUUUUUUUACAAUGUAAACAAAUUUAUAUGCAUAUAAGCAUAUGGUCACCAUGGCAAUACAAUAAUAAAAUUUAGGAAAUACAGUGCUAUCUUGUAGUGCCAAACAUUUCUAUGUGCCACUUGUAUUGUAUUGAUUAUUGUUUUGUUUUUUUAAAUUGAAAUUUACUACAUUUAUAUUUUACAAAAUGUCAAUGUAAUAAAAAAAAUUCUACAGAAAAUACGGUUGAACAUUUUUCAUCUUAAGCAUAACAAGGUUUAUGAUAUUCAAUGCCUGUUUCAAAUUUUUAAGGUAAAACUUUGUCUCUAAUCUGUGCUAUGGGAAGAUUACAGUUUUGUUUAUUGAUUUCAGUGCUUUUGAUCAGAAUUAUUUGUGGCAUCUCAGAUGGUUCAAAUACUGUGUAAAUAUUAACUAUAAAGGGAAAUAACUCCAAAUAAUUCCUCAGCUUUAUAUUUGACAACAUAUAGUUUGUAUAUUCUUAGAGGGCAGCAUCUGUUUAUAUCUGUAGAUGUCUAUUUAUUUAUUACAUUGUAUACAAUGUACAGAAUUUUUUAUUUAUUAUAUUUAUUAGAUCUUGUACAAGUCGUUAUACUUUAAAGAAACUCAAUAUUUGCCCUGUAAAAUCCACCGAGGUUUACAUGAUAUUAUUAUAUAUUGUUUAUAUAAAUAAGUUAUGUUUUAUAUUUGUUAUAAGAUCUGAUUUUAGCAAAAAAUAUGUUUAAUAAAGUUGCUGUUUUAUGUUUUGAAUGUGGCAUUAAAUCAGUUUUUGUUUUCUCAAGAAUCAAUCAAUUUUGACAAAUUUGUUAAUGAAUUACUGAACUUGUUUUUAUUUUCUGUCUCCUUUCUUCUAAAUGUUCGUAAUAAAUGACUAUUACUUUAAAGUCUAUAAAGCAAGAUAUAUUCUUUUGGAAGGUUGUGCACAUGGAAAUAUAGAUUUUGGGUUUUUAUUAAUAUCACAAAUAACAAAAGUAAUGAUUUCUGGGAAUUAUAUAUAACAUUUAUAAUGGGGUUGAAUACCAAAUUUGAUUGAUGCCUUGUUGUUUCCCCCAAAAUAUGAAGCUGGUUUUUCUUGUUAGACAAUUAAAUCUGAAGAAAAUUUACUGUGCUGUGUUAUGACCAAAGAUCUGCAACAAUGUUUAGCAAAAUUUUACAGACCAUUCCUUUCUCAAUUGCAAAAGAAUUGUACUUAAAAUGUGAUUUCUUGGUAACACUGGAUUAAUUCAUUUAACUCUUACCGUCUGAUCUAAUUUCAACCAUACUAGGUGACAAAUGAAUAUAUUUACAAGGUACUGAUUUAUCAAUGUACAAACAUUUCCAAUUUUGUUUUGUCAACCAAUGAAAUUCCCUUAUUUAGUCAUAUGCAAAUUAAACCAGAUUUCAAAGUUUCAAAUGUCAUAGUUCCCUCCUUACUUCAGAAAGUUCUGUCCUACAAAGAAACAAUAAAAUACAAAUUAAGUCACUGGCAGAUCAUUUUAUUUCAUGUUGAUCAUUGAUAUUAUUUGCUGUAGAAAGUUCUUCCAUUCAAGCAUAGAAAUAAAACAUUUCUAAUUUCCUGAAUAUUUUUCUUUUAAUUAUUAUGGGUUUUUUUUUUGUGACAAGCUGUUUAAAAAUUUAGAGAAAGUUUUGUGUUUAAAAUUUAAGCCAUCAUACAAAUUUAUGAUUAUAUUCUGCAAAGAUAUUCUAACUUUGCCGUGAAAUAUAGGGACCAAAUUACUCUAAAAUAUUUCCUGGCUCAGUUUUCCUUAGUGCUCUUGCUCUCAAGAAACACAAGAUGUAGUCAGUAUUAGUUUUACAAUUAUGACAAAGUGUUAAUUGUCCAUUCUAUGUUGACAGUGUAAUUAAUCUAUAAAUAGAUUUAGUCAACAAUAAUAUUUUGUAUUUUUUCAUAAGAAUAUUUUGUAUAUUUGUAGUCAUUCAUUUCAUUUUUGUAAUCUAUGCAAAAAUUGUAACACUUGUGCUUCUCAGCAGUAGAGGCAUAGAAAAUAAAAUCUAACAGAAAAAUGA